AGCUUUGGUUCCCUGGGUCUCGUCCUCUGUUCACAUCUCGACCCAGUGACAGAGACAUUAGUGUCUGAUAACACGGAGCCGCUUAAUGUUUAGCCUUGAAUCCACACUCACAUGCACGUGCACACACAAGGGGAAGCAGAGGGAUUAUAAAGGCUCAGAGAUCUAUACACCGGCCAGGGAUGAAGGGCAGAAAAGUAGCAGUGGGAGGGAGAAGUGACCGAGAGACUGUUGUUGGAGCCACAGCAGAGCCCGGUGACAACAGCUCCUUUCGGCCUCUCUCAGCCUUGUUUCGUCUCUAUGUGUACGCUCUGCACGGCUGCCUCUGCGAGGUGGCCUUCACCGCCGUGUAUGACUGGUGCAGCACCCGGGACCGGAGGCUGACGGGACACAGCAGCCUGUGGGCGCUGCCCAUGUACGCUACUGCAAUCUUCUUCUUAGAGGGCCUGAGGGCCCGGCUGCUGGCCCAGCAACGCUCGCUCCCUGUGCGACUGACAACUUACACCUUAUUCAUAUACAUAUGGGAGUUCAGCUGGGGGGUGGGGCUGAGGCUGCUAGGGGCCUGUCCCUGGGAUUACUCGGCUCAUCGUUACAACCUGAAGGGAUUGGUGACUCUGGAGUACGCACUGCCCUGGGCUGUUGCAGCCUUCAUAGCAGAACAGCAUGUAAUCAAGAAUUCGCUAAGGAUAAGAUUGAAAAGCGACUGAUGUCAUCAUAAUCUCAAACAAUGUGCUUCCAAAAAUCAGCUACAUAAUAUUUUAUAUUUUUUUUUACAGGAAGAACACAUAUGCUAUUUUUGAAUGGUGCCAUAAUAAAAAAUGUGGGGAUUUUACUGCUCCUCUGUGACCUUUUUUUUUUUGUCUU